AUGGCGUCCCUGGGAGACGACCUUCUCGGUACUGUCAACAAGUUGCAAGACUUGGUCUUCAACACCAUCGGCAGCGACUCGCUUGAUCUUCCCCAGAUUGUCGUUGUCGGUUCGCAGUCGGCCGGGAAAUCCUCCGUUCUCGAAAACAUUGUCGGCCGUGACUUCCUACCCCGCGGGAGUGGCAUUGUGACCAGGCGGCCUCUGAUCCUGCAGCUGAUCAACGUACCCGAAGACGAGGAUGCAUCCGACCCUCUGUCAGAUCCAUACAGGUCUCCCGAUAUUGCCAGACGAUCCGAAUGGGCCGAGUUUCACCACAUACCGAACCGUCGCUUCAAUGACUUCUCCGACGUGAAGCGCGAGAUCGAGAAUGAGACAUCACGUGUGGCGGGCAACAAUAAGGGAAUCAACCGACAGCCUAUUAACCUCAAAAUCUACUCGCCGCAUGUGCUCAACCUGACUCUCGUCGACCUUCCUGGACUCACAAAGGUUCCUAUUGGCGACCAGCCAACCGACAUUGAGAAGCAAACACGCAACCUCAUCUCGGAGUACAUUGCAAAGCCAAACAGCAUCAUCCUCGCCGUCUCACCCGCCAAUGUCGAUAUUGUAAACUCGGAGGCGUUGAAGCUUGCCCGGCAUGUCGAUCCGCUGGGAAGGAGGACGAUUGGCGUACUUACUAAGGUGGAUCUCAUGGAUCACGGAACAAACGCGUUGGAUAUAUUGUCUGGACGUGUGUACCCGUUGAAGCUGGGCUUCAUUGGCGUUGUCAACCGCUCCCAGCAAGACAUUCAGGGCAGCAAGCCCAUGGAGGAGGCUUUGAAGGCCGAGUCUGAGUUUUUCAGGCAUCAUCCAGCCUACCGCAACAUUUCUAGCAGAUGCGGCACUCACUUCCUGGCAAAGACUCUGAACACGACCCUCAUGGCUCACAUUCGUGAGCGCAUGCCCGACAUCAAAGCACGCCUCAACACUUUGAUGGGACAGACUCAACAAGAGUUAGCAAGCUACGGGGACAUGCAUUUCAGCGGCAAGGAACACCGUGGAUCCCUCAUUCUGACACAGAUGACACGAUUUGCCACCUCCUUCAUCUCUUCCAUCGAUGGCACCUCGACCGAGAUUUCCACCAAGGAACUGUGUGGUGGGGCUCGCAUCUACUACAUCUUCAACUCCGUCUUCGGCAGCUCUCUCGAGUCCAUUGACCCGACGUCCAACCUUUCGGCGCUUGAUAUUCGAACCGCUAUUCGUAACUCGACCGGGCCCCGCCCUAGUUUAUUCGUGCCAGAAAUGGCCUUUGACCUUCUCGUCAAGCCCCAAAUCAAGCUUCUCGAAGUCCCUAGCCAGCGUUGUGUUGAGCUUGUCUACGAAGAGCUCAUCAAGAUAUGCCACACGUGUGGCUCCACCGAGCUGUCUCGCUUUCCGAGGCUGCAAGCCAAGCUGAUCGAGGUUGUUUCUGAUCUGCUGCGCGAGCGUUUGGGGCCAACUUCUGGCUAUGUCGAAUCCUUGAUUUCGAUCCAGCGGGCGUACAUCAACACUAAUCACCCUAACUUCCUGGGUGCCGCAGCCGCCAUGAGUCACGUUGUCAGCAACAAGCAAGAGAGGGAGCGAAAGCGCCUCAUUCAAGAAGAGCGAGAGAAGCGAGAAAAGAGGCGUCUCAAAGAGCUGGGCACUAAUGGGACUGAGGGACCCGACGAGGAAGAGGUGGAAUCGACAGUUACUGAAAAGGCCGACUCCAAUGCUUUGCGGAAGCAGGCAAGCAAGGGAGCGCGCAGUCUAUCGCCGGGCGUGCGUGAAAAUGGCACCACCGGCCUGAACGCCGCUCUUAACGGCGCACGAUCAGCUUCGCCAUCGAGAUUCAACGAUAAGGGCCUGGGAGGUGCACGUGACUCAUUUCUGACUUACUUCUUUGGCAAAGACGGAGCCUCGCCCAUCGGGGUCUCUCCUUCGUCCAACUCGUCUAUUGCCCGACAUGUCAGCCAAAGCUCUGAGCCAACAUUCUCACAGAGUAUUCGCCGAGCCGAAGACAAGGUGGCGUUGCGCGCGCCAGCACAAGCCUCAGCCCGCGACGAGCUGGAGUUUGGCAAGGCCGCGCAGUCUGUCGAUUAUGGGUCUCUAUUCGGUACGGCCAGCGGCGAGCCGGCCAUGACUGAGCGGGAAGCGAUGGAGACAGAGCUCAUCCGAGCACUCAUCUCUUCCUACUUCAACAUCGUGCGUGAGUCUAUUGCGGACCAAGUCCCUAAGGCCGUCAUGCAUCUGUUGGUAAAUCACUGCAAGGAUGUGGUCCAGAACCGGCUUGUCAGUGAGCUGUACAAGGAGACACUCUUCGAGGAGCUCUUGUACGAAGACGACGGUGUCAAGAAGGAGCGCGAGAAGUGCGAGAAGCUGCUUCAAACAUACAGAGAAGCGGCCAAAAUUAUUGGUGAAGUGUUAUAG